AUGACAUCAGGUUUGAUUUACUCAAAUACAAUCAUUCAAAAUCUUAACAAGGAACGAGCAAUGUCAAAUUCCCAUGAAGUUGUUAUUCACAAUCGAGCCCAUAGUAUAUUCACAGUUAAGGAGUUGGUUCGUCCACCAAGCGAUCUUCCUAUAGGGACAUUCAAGGUAGACCUCGACAAAAGAUGGUGUGAUUAUGGUGAAUUUGAAGCAUUACACUAUCCAUGUUCACAUGUCAUUGCGACUUGUUCGUUUAUUCACCGUGACUACAUGAUGUAUGUGUCUUCUAAGUAUACAUUGCAAUGUAUCUUUGGCGUUUACAAGGAAGAGUUCCCAGCAAUUCCUCUUCAAUCAUAUUGGCCAGAAUACAAUGGAAUAGAGUUGUGCCACAAUCCAACCAUGAGAAGAGAUCCAAAAGAUCGUCCACAGUCUACUCGUAUUCAUACUGAAAUGGAUCAACGAGAGAAAAACACACACCCCAAGAGAUGUAGUUUGUGUCGGAACGAGGGACAUAGCAAGAAUAAAUGCCCUUAUCGUAUUGAUUAA